CUUUGGAAAAGCAAUUUGGCAACUCGGCGGACUAAAAAUUGUCAUUUCAAGAUGGCAACCACAGGAGUAGGAUCAGCGGAUGUGGUGGUGCCACGAAAUUUUCGACUUUUAGAAGAGCUUGAGCAAGGUCAGAAAGGAGUCGGUGAUGGAACUAUCAGUUGGGGUUUGGAAGAUGACAGUGAUAUGACCCUGUCUCACUGGACUGGCAUGAUCAUUGGCCCCCCUCGAACUGCAUUUGAAAACCGCAUGUACAGCUUGAAAAUUGAGUGUGGUAUGAAAUACCCUGAAGAAUGUCCACUGGUCAGAUUUACCACUCGGAUCAAUAUGAAUGGUGUGCACAACACAACAGGAAUGGUUGACAAAAGGAUGGUCAGCAUCUUGAUUAAGUGGCAGCGUAACUACACGAUCAAAACAGUACUGCAGGAAUUAAGACGAAUGAUGACUUUGAAAGAGAACAUGAAGCUGCCCCAGCCACCAGAGGGAACCAACUUUUAAGAUUAAUUCGUUCCACUUUUUUUGUCCUUUUUGUUGAAAGCACGAGCAGUCAUACAGAAAAGGGUCUUUGAUGGAAAGGGACAGAGACCUGUCUUUUUUUGUUUGAUGUGGCCUUUGAUGUCCAUUCGCUAAAGAAAUCGACUCAGAAACAGUAACUUGAAUCUUUCAGUUUGGUAUUUCUCCUCUCUCAUUCCUAUUUGAAUUUUUUUGUUGAUUUCUUGCUUGAUGGGAGGGGAAAUCCAGUGCUGGGUCUGUCAACUCAAGUCAGUUAGGUCAUGAAAUAAAAAAUAUCCCUCCUG